AUGGCCCCUCGAUACUGGUGCAAGGUGUGCGCUGUAUUUGUGACCGACACGACGUUUGAGCGCAAGGUGCACGAAGAGACGGCCAAGCACAAAUCGGCGUGGAAGCAACAUUUGCGCGGGUUGUAUGAAUCCAGCAAGGAGGAAGGCGCGAAAAAAGAUGAUCUUGAGCGCGAAAUGGCCGAGAUUAGGAAGAAGGUGGCCCAGGAUGGCUAUGAGGGGAUGGAUAAACCCCUAGAAGCGAAAUCUGGGUCUCAAGAUCCCGCGGUAGCGCCAAAAAAGACAUUCUACGACAAGAUGGAGGAGAAGAGUAAACAGGACGAAAAGAAGCCUGUUAUCGACACAAACACAGGAACCGGUGUGUGGGAAAGUGUUCAGGUGAUACCUCCUGCUGCUCCGCCUGUUGUUGAUGGUUCCGAGGGGGUUUCAGAGUACGUUUUGAGUGCUUCUAAGCGAGCUCAGAAGGUGAACGAUGAGGAGUCAACAAGAUGGAAGAUCCAGGAGAAGCAGUUGGAGGACGAUGAUCUUGUGCUCAACAGAAAACGCAAGCUGGGUAGCGAUAGCGAUAGGAAAGGUAUCAAGGUGGACUUGAAGCAGGAAGAUGGCGUUAAAAAGGAGGAGGUUGAAAUGAAGACGGAGGACACUGACGUUAAAAAGGAGGAAGGAGAGAGCAAAGGAAGCAUGUUCAAGCGGAAGAAGAAGAAGAUCAAAAGUUGA